AUGAGCAAAACCAACAAGUCAUACAGUAAUACUCACAUAAGAAACACUGUGUAUGUUGGAAUUGGAAUUGGGAUCUUGGCCAACAUCGUUCUUCUUCUCUUUCACAUCUCCUUGUGUAUUACUGGGCAGAAGACGAAGCCCACUGACCUGCCCAUUGGUCUCCUGGCCCUAAUCCACCUGGUAAUGCUGGUAAUCAAUGGCAUCAUAGCUGCAGAUAUUUUUACACCACAGGGUGGAAGAUGGGAUGACCUGACAUGUAAAUUGCUUAUCUACCUGUACAGGUUAAUGAGAGACUUCUCCACCUGUACUACCUGUCUGCUUAGUGUCCUCCAGGUCAUCACCCUCAGCCCCAGAAGCUCCUGUUUGGCCAAGUUCAAAGAUAAAUCCUCACAUCAGAAACUGAUUUUCCUUCUUUUCCUGUGUGUCAAUUCAUAUUUUCGUAGCCACCUCUUAAUCUCCAUUAUUACUACUCACAAUUUGACCUCAGACAACUUCCUAUAUAUCACAGAAUCCUUCUCUCUUUUGCCCAUGAGCUUCUUCCUCCGGGACAUCUUUGUCAUCCUGUUCACAUUCAGGGAAGUUACCUUUAUAGGAAUAAUGACCAUCUCAAAUGGAUACAUGGUGGCUCUCUUGUGCAGGCAUAGGAGGCUGUCCCAGCACCUUCACAGAAUCAGCCUGUCUCCAAUAUCAUCCCCAGAACUGAGGGCCACACAGACAAUCCUGCUGCUCUUGAGUUGCUUUGUGGUCAUGUCCAUUUUGGACAUCAUUAUCACUUAUGCAAGAAUUAUAGUGAAUCAUGAUCCAAUAUUCUACUGUAUCCAGAUUCUUGUGGUCCAUAGCUACGCCUCAUUCAGUCCUUUGGUGUUCCUUGCCACUGAAAAACGUAUAAUUACAAUUUUGAGAUAUAUGUGGGGAAGGACAAUGCAUAUUAGCCAUUGA